CUGGUUUGCUCAUUUGGAAUAAAUUUAUAAUUUUCCUGUUAAGCUGCUUUAUAACAAUAUCCAUGCCUAAAGCAUUAGAUAAAUAAAAUUGAAUACAAACACAGUAGUGGCAAUGAAAUGUAAAAACAAAACAUACUGGAUUUAAAAGAAGAGCAGUUUGUUGAACUGCGGCAAGAGACAGAAUCAUUCACAUCUCGACUGGCCAAAAAGGGAUGUGACAUGGAAAGAAAUAGAAAAAGAUCACAUGUCCUGGAAAAAGCAGAAGCUUGCAGACAUCCAGCGGGCCCUGAACAGCGACCCUGUGGACAUCGAGACCCUGCGCAGUGCAGCUGUCAGCGAGGGAGGCUUGUUGACGGACGACGUGCGUAGAAAAGUUUGGCCCAAGCUCCUGAAUGUCAAUGUGUUUGACCUUCCUGCCAAGCCUGCUAAAAAUAUCCGCGAGAACCACAAAGACUACAACCAGGUGCUUCUCGAUGUCAGGCGCUCCAUGCGCCGAUUCCCGAGAGGGAUGCGGGCCGAUGAGAGGGCGGUGCUUCAGGAGCAGCUGAUUGACAUCAUCCUGGACGUUCUGAGGAGAAACCCUCAGCUGCACUACUAUCAGGGCUACCAUGAUAUCGUGGUCACCUUCCUGCUGGUAGUAGGGGAGCGCAUGGCCAUAGCGAUGGUGGAGAAGCUGUCCAAUCAUCAUCUCAGGGACUUUAUGGACCCCACCAUGGACAGCACCAAACACAUCCUGAAUUACCUGAUGCCCAUUCUGGAGCAGGUCGACCCCGAGCUACACGACUUCAUGCUGAGAGCUGAGGUUGGCACCAUCUUCGCCCUCAGUUGGCUGAUAACGUGGUACGGCCAUGUCCUCUCGGACUUCCGGCAUGUUCUGCGGCUCUACGAUUUCUUCCUGGCCUCCCAUCCACUCAUGGCCAUUUACUUUGCUGCUGUGAUAGUGUUGUAUCGUGAGCGGGAGGUGAAGAACAGUGAGUGUGACAUGGCCAGUGUUCAUCACCUGCUGUCUCAGAUUCCUCAGGAUCUUCCAUACGAGCAGCUCAUCUCUCACACACACACACUCUUCACCCGCUACCCCCCCACCCAGCUGGCCUGCUCCGCCACACUGCAGUCCCGCAACAGCAUUGCCAUCAGCACCUUUCAGGACUUCCAGACGUCCACUCAACAGCAGCGUCCCGACUCCAUCCUUCGACAGCAACGUCAGCAUCUCCACCAGCAUCGAGAUGACCGCCUCGCCCUGGCACACCCCCAGAUCGCUCAGCCCAGCGGCACACAGCAGCUCAUCAGGAUGGCCGUGUGGGGCAUUUCAGCUACACUUGGGGCGGCUGCUCUGGCUGUCGCACAGACUGCCAUGGACUGGGCACCAGACUUUCUUCUGCAGCUGUUCUGACCUCGAGAGAAUGUGUGUAUAUAUGUGUGUGUGUGUGUGUGUGUGCGCGUCUCAUGCACCAAAUUCAGAGCGAUUUACUAGUAAACCCGUCUUCUGCUAUCAAGUACCAAAAAAACGUCCUAAAGAUAUACGAUAGGUGCACAAAAAAAAAAAAUUUAUUUAGCAUUUUGCUCCUUCGCAGUUCUACAUUCUGCCAAGCUAAUAUUAGGAGUAUGAAAGGUGGCGGAUGGGUUUUUGUAAUGAUAAGCAUUUCUCAACGCCUUUCCAUCAGCAGAAUGUCGGGGGGGAAAAAGUGCGCCGAUAGCGGAUUCCAAACAGCAGCAGACGUACAGAUUAUUAAACCGUUUUUUUUUUUCCCCUCCUCUUUUCCCUCCUUCCUCUCUCCACCGCUGAAGGACUUUGCGGUGGAGUGAAAGAAACAGCUCAUUGAGAUGAGAAGAGACGAGUGCGAGCAGGUGGGUUUCUUUGGUCUGUGGAGAAUAAAGAGCUCGGCCUGCAGUGAACGCAGCACUUGAGCGCAAAAACACACACGCGCACACACACACACACACACACACACACACACACACACACUACACACGUAUAGAGAAAACACACACACACACAUCCAUCUGCUACAUUUACAAAUUGAGCCAGUCAUCAAUCAUUCUCAAGCAAGAACCACUUGGAGGAGAGAGGCUUCAAAGUCUGGAAAAAAAUAAAUAAAAGCCCCACAACCUCGGGAAAGGCUCCGGAACUUCCGUAUCGGAAUUACUGCUGUCUUCUUCAUGUAAAACUCCAGCUCCUUGAAUCCCGGGCAAAGCAAAUGGAUGAGUCGAGCCUUAGCAGCACCAUCUCUCAAAUCUUGAGCUCCUCACUCUUUUUCUCAGACGAUUACCUGCCUUCACUUCCCCUGCGGCCCUUCUGAGAUUUUAACGAGACGUUUCCAACGCACACUUACUUACAGGAGAAUAUAAAUCCGUCCAAAGAGAUUAAGCGUCUUGCCUUUUCCGCGGCCCCGUACGCGCACUUUAUUGUCUCUGUCAUAAACACAGAGGCGAAGAGCCUGACGAGCCGAGCCUGAAUUACAGCGUCGAACGCAGCCUGAAGCGCCGGAUGCUCUUCUCUAUUAGUGCCAUAGAGAGAGAGAAAGAGAGGGAGAGAGAGAGCUGUGGAGCAGCUGUUUAUCUACAAGACAGCUCUAUGAGAAGCUCAUCCUGUAAAUUCCACUGCCAAAAAAGUGGAAAAGUUUUCACUCCUGGAAACGCGUCGGUCUUAGUUUUCCACUUUCUUCAGAUUGAGUUAAUUAUAUGCCCAGCUAGAAAUGCCCAAAUCGUCUGCUUUUAAUGUGAAUUUAAUUCAGCCCUCAUGGCUGUUGGCAAGUUUUUGGCCUUUUUUUGUGAUCCUCUUUUUGCCAAAAGUGUCAACAAAAUGUGGAUGAAAUAUGAAUAGCAGGAUGUGCGUGUGCACCUGUAGAACCGCACAGAAAACGAGGGGAAACGCACUGAGCGUUUGGGUGCGUUACGAACGGUAAUCAAGCAACGGAAAUGCAAUCAAUUUUAUGAUUAUUGCAGGUGUAAUGAGCAGACUGAGAAAACACGCAGCUCGUAAUUUAUAGCGUGUUGAAAUUUUUUUGUGCAGAGCCUGUUAUUACUGUUUACUAUCUUCUUAAUUGGUAGCCUAAUGGUGGAUGUAGUACUUCUUUUUUUACAUACUCUGGUAAGAGGUGCAGGCUGCUCAUCUGGACCAGAAAUCUGUCAGAUAUCAGAGCAGCCGAAUCCUGGAACGCGUCAACAGAAGACGAAAACUCAGGUUUUGACUGGAAACAUGGAGCAAUCCUAAAUAUAUUUGACCAUGGAAAUGUUAAAAAAUAUAUGUUCUAAUCCUAGGCUUCCUGCAGUGAUCAUGCUGAGUAAAGAGCCAGAUGAACAAACACAGCGGUAAAAUGUCAGUCUGUCUAAAGAUGUCUAAAACCUCGCCAGCUAUGUCUGAUUUCCUCACACGGCGAAUAUCACGCUUUGAUCGAGUUUGUAGGAUUCAGUUUAAAGUCAGAUAUACCGACUGUCAAAAUGUCCACAAGGCACCUCCACUGCAGUCAGAAUGCAGUCUUUUUUAAAAAACACUUUUCUUCCUUAUCACUAGAUAUUUUUUUUUUUAAAACACUUGCUUGAGAUACAUGUAAAAGAGUCGCACAGAUCAGUACAGAAAAUCCUGACAUUUUCAUAACUAUAUAUAGUAUUUCCUGUACUUGUGAGGUUUUGGAUACAUGUCGAGCUUUUUCACUGUAUAUGGACGCCGUUUCUUACCACUCUGAUUUUAAUCUUUGGAUCAAUUCAUUGUAGGUUUUAAACAUUAUGUACGAAAUUCAAACCAUAUGAGCAAAAAUGUUUUUGUUUGUUUAUGGAUGUUUCCUAGAGGGCAUUUCAUCAACUUGCUCAGAUUCAAUCCGAGCUGCUUGUACUGUUAAACUAUAACAAUAUUUUUGGAAGAGCAUGGGUCAUUUAAAGCCUUGCAAAUAAAUAAAAGCUCAUGAAUUU